GGCUUCAGCAGUGCUGUGUCCGAGGCCUUUGUAAGGCUGUGUGACUCUGGUCUGGUCUAUCGCUCUGAGGGGCUGGUCAACUGGAGCUGUGCUCUGGAGUCAGCCAUCUCUGAUAUAGAGGUUGACUCCAAGCAGCUGUCUGGAAGAACCCUGUUGUCUGUCCCUGGCUACCAGAAAAUGGUGGAGUUUGGGACCAUGGUCACCUUUACCUACCCUAUAGACGGCCAGGAUGGAGAGGUGGCGGUGUCGACCACUCGUCCUGAGACCAUGUUGGGAGAUGUGGCCAUCGCUGUGCAUCCUGACGACCCUCGAUAUCAGGCAGUUCAUGGUAAACAGUGCAGACACCCCUUCACUGACAGACUCUUACCCAUCAUCGCUGACACUAUGGUGGAUAUGGAGCUGGGCACAGGUGCUGUAAAGGUUACUCCAGCUCACGACCACACUGACUUCCUGCUUUCCCAGAGGCACUCUCUUCCCCGCCUCACUGUGAUUGGAGGAGACGGCACAAUGACUCCUCUCUGUGGCCAAUGGCUGGAGGGAGUGAAGCGUUUUGAUGCCAGAGAACAAGUGAUCGAUGCACUGAUAGAGAAGAGGAUGUUCAGAGGGAAAAAGGAUCACACCAUGUCUUUACCCGUCUGCAGUCGCUCUGGGGAUGUCAUUGAACCUUUGUUGAAGAAGCAGUGGUUUGUGCGUUGUGAAGAGAUGGCCCAGAGAGCCAUACAGGCAGUGGAUGAGGGACAGUUGGAGAUCAUUCCUCACUUCUACACCAAAACAUGGAGUAGCUGGCUCUCCAACAUCAGUGAUUGGUGCAUUUCCAGGCAGCUUUGGUGGGGUCAUCAGAUUCCAGCUUAUCGAGUGACUCUCCCAGAUUCUACUGACACACAGGAGGAGCUCUGGGUCUGGGGAAGGAGUGAGGCGGAGGCCAGAGAGCGGGCUGCUGUGAAACAUGGAGUGACUGCUGACACCAUUACACUGACUCAGGACCCUGAUGUAUUGGACACCUGGUUCUCCUCAGGGCUCUUCCCCUUUGCCAUGUUGGGCUGGCCACAGCAGACAAGUGACCUGAGGCAAUUCUACCCCAACACUAUCCUGGAAACAGGAAGUGACCUCAUCUUCUUCUGGGUGGCAAGGAUGGUGAUGCUUGGCACAGAACUGACUGGGCAGCUGCCCUUCAAACAGGUGCUCCUCCACUCCCUGGUGAGGGAUAAGCACGGCAGGAAGAUGAGUAAAUCUCUGGGAAAUGUCAUCGACCCUUUAGACGUCAUCUCUGGCAUCUCUCUGGAGAGGCUCCAAGAGAAAGUGAAGGAGGGCAACCUUGACCCUCGUGAGAGCGCGGUUGCCAUGGAAGCGCAGAGGAAAGACUUCCCUAAGGGGAUCCCAGAGUGUGGUACUGACGCGCUCCGCUUUGCUCUCUGCUCUUACAAAGCCCAGGGUGAGGACAUCAGUCUGUCUGUGUCCCAGGUGCUGAGCUGUAGACACUUCUGUAACAAGAUGUGGCAGACAGUGAGAUUCACACUGGGUGUACUGGAGGACAGAGGGGCUGAACUGGGAACCCUGGCACAGACCUCUCCUCUGAACAGUAUGGACCAGUGGGUGUGUUCCAGGCUCUACAGCACAGUGCUCCAGUGUGAGCGGGGCUUUGAGAGAUACGAGCUCCAUUCUGUUACUGCUGCCCUGCACUCCUUCUGGCUGCACAGCCUCUGUGACAUCUACCUGGAGUGCAUCAAGCCAGUGCUGAGCCAGCAGGACUCUGGAGCCGGGGCUUUGGGCCAGAUCGACACAGUGCACACUGGGAGAGGCAGCCAGAGAGAGAGCCAGAUGGUCAGGGUUGUCCUCUACCACUGUGUGUCUGUCUCUCUGGCCCUGCUCUCUCCCUUCAUGCCGUUCCUCACUGAGGAGCUCUGGCAGAGGCUCCACCUUCUCAGGGGAGAGGGUGGUGAUGGCGCCAUGGCUAGCUUGUGUCUGCAGCCAUACCCACAGUCUGCACAACUGGCACACUGGCACUUCCCCCAGGAGGAAGCAGACUUCACUCUGGUCCAGGAAGUGGUGAGGGUAGCCAGGUCCCUCAGGGCCCAGUGUGGCAUGACCAAGGAGAAGCCUGACAUGUGGGCCGUGUGUUCACCCAGCCAAGCCCAGAUCCUGCUCCACUUUGACCCUGCUGUACGGACCCUGGGUCGAAUCACCAAGCUCCACCUCCACUGUCCUCAGGGGGCCGGCUCCCUGUCCUUCCCCUCUGCUCCCCCUCCUCCUAAAGGCAGUGCUGUGGGUGUGGUCGACCACUCCUGUCAGUUACACCUCAAAAUUCAGGGCGGUGUGAAUGUGAGCAAACUUAGUCUCCAGCUCUCCCAACGCAGAGAGAAGCUCCUCUCUAAACUGGAACAGUCCAUCUCUCGAACCCGGGUGCCAAACUAUUUAGAGAAGGUUCCAGAGCGAGUGAGGGUGGAGACCGAGAACAAGAUCUCAGCCUUGGAUCAGGAGCUGAGGAACAUUGAGGAGCAGCUGUCGACACUACAGGGACCUCCAAAACACAACGACUAAAAGACAGACAAUGGAUCCCAAAUAGCAAUCCCAUAGGGCUCUGGUCAAAAGUAGUGCACUAUGUAGGGUUUUUCACUAGUUAUCACAGUCACAAAGUCAAGAUUGGCUAUAUCAUAUUCAUGAAAACAAAAAUUAGCUUUUUUUUUUAAAACAAUGAAGGUUAGAGUUAGGCAUAAGGUUAGCAGUGUGGU